UUUCCAUCCACUGCAGAGAACUUCUUUUCAGACCAGCCAUUCAAGUCAUUUAUCAUGACAUCGCCAUCAGACCAAAUGCUUCAAACGCUAUGUCCCGGUGACUCCACGGGCGAGUGGCAAGAAACAUUAAGUCUCGAACAAGUUGACCAGAUAGGACAUUGGUUCUUAAAGAGCUCUUGUAUCAAGGAAUGGAUUCAUGGAUCUGGGCUCCGGGUAUUCUGGGGACACGGUCCCUCUGGCACCGGAAAGACAUACAUUAGCUCCCAGAUAGUCACUCAUAUUCGCUCGGUCCCGAGAGACCCUGGAAAAUACCAAGGCGCCGCAAUUUAUUUCUUUGACCCUAACCAACCUCAGUGGAACAUUGCCGACUUUGGACUUUCACUCUGUUCUAUUGCCAGGCAGCUUGCUGCCCAGGUACCGGAGUCAGCAACCGCUAUUGCCGACCGUGCGCAGAAUGCCUCCGGUUUUUAUCCUCUGUGGGACGAUUAUUCUGGGAAAUUACUGGAUGAUAUUCUCUCGGCUUUUCAUAAUACCUUCAUUGUGCUGGAUGGCAUCAAUGCGUCCGAGACCGCGGUACGAGGGAUAUUCGAUUACCUGAAAGGACAAAGUCCUCACCGAAGAAACAUUCAUGUCUUAGUAACAAGCCGAAAUCCGCCUCCUUCCAUCACCGACACCUCCGAAAUCUCGACAUUGAGAAUUCAAGCAUCGAGUGAAGACCAGCAACGCCAAGUCCUACACGAAGCAGGAUUUAAUCAGGCGACAAUUCUGCAAUCCAGUGAAGGAAAUGAUGCUCUCAAGGUGCUCACAGACAUUGUGAGCUUGACUGAUGGCCGGGUGGUUUCAGUCUACACAUCCAAAGUGCCAGACCGUGAAAGCAUCUUCGACCAAUUUCUUCCACUAGCAUCACAUCCCAAACUCAUCGAAUCUUACUUCCAAGCAGCAAAUGCCUGGCCAUUCCGAGACGAAGUCAGCUAUGCUGAACUCGAGGCGUCGGAAGCGCGAUGGAAUUAUUUUCCACGAGACUACGCGCCCAUCCAUCUUGCUGUGCAUCUCAUCGGUGGAAGACACUUUAUCGAGAAGCUCUUACGACGAGGUGACGAUAUAGGGGCUCGUACGAAGAGCGGACUGACGGCGUUGCACAUCGCAGCAGAAGUUGAGAACGAGUCAGAGAUCGUAAGGUUUCUUCUCGAAAACGGGGCCAGUGUGUCCGCCGUUGACGAGAGCGGGGAUACGCCGCUUUCAAUAGCCGUUGUGCUUGGCAGCCUUGAGACUGUGAAGUUGCUUGUUCAGUAUGGGGCAUGUGUUGAUGUCCUUGAUGAAGAUAUUCUAUUUGAAUGUGUUGAUUCUCGGCCAGAAGUUGCGAAUUAUCUAGCUGAACUAGGAGUAGAAUUACCGGAUGUAUAUAAUGAGGACUGA